AUGGCCGCCAUGGCGCCCUUCUCCUCCGCCUCCUCCUCACACCCCCCUCGCCUACCCUCCAAAACCCUGGCGCCUCGUCAUUCCCGCCCGCUCCACCACAGGUCCCCGCCCGCCGCCUCGGCGCCGCGCCCGCGCCCGCUGCUCCUCUCCUUCCCCGCGCCCGCACGCCGCUGCGGCGCUGGACUCCGCGCUUCAGCCGCGCAGAAAAUCUCUGCUGAUUACCAGUUCGAUGAAGAGGAGGAGGAGGAAUACGACGGCGAAGAGGAGGAGGAGGAGGAGUGGGAGGUGGAUGAAGAUGAGGAGGAGAUGGACGUGGAGGCGAUGGAGGAGGAGGCCCGCGGUGCCGCCGCCGACCUCGCGAAACGCCUCGCUCGGGAGCUCCACAUCGAUGAUGAUGUCAGGGAGAAACGAAGAAACAUCAGGGAUAAGACAUCUGUGUCUAAACAUAUUCCAGAUAACCUUCUUCCGAAGGUGGCAAUUAUUGGGAGGCCGAAUGUUGGUAAAUCUGCGCUGUUCAAUCGUCUUGUCGGAGGCAAUAGGGCUAUAGUUGUUGAUGAACCUGGUGUGACAAGGGAUCGCUUGUAUGGACGAUCUUAUUGGGGUGAUCAGGAGUUUAUGGUUAUUGAUACUGGUGGGGUAAUUACUUUGUCGAAGUCUCAAGCAGGUGUGAUGGAAGAACUUGCUGUCACCACUACUGUUGGUAUGGAUGGGAUUCCUCUCGCUACUAGAGAAGCUGCUAUUGCAAGGAUGCCAUCAAUGAUUGAAAAACAAGCAGUUGCAGCUGUUGAUGAAGCAUCCGUCAUACUAUUCAUCGUGGAUGGUCAGGCUGGUCUUGUGGCAGCUGAUAUAGAGAUUUCUGAUUGGUUACGACGCAACUACUCUGACAAGUGUGUUAUACUUGCUGUCAAUAAGUGUGAAUCCCCACGGAAAGGGCAAAUGCAAGCAUUAGACUUUUGGUCACUAGGGUUUUCUCCUCUGCCAAUUUCUGCUAUUACUGGCACAGGAACUGGAGAUCUCCUUGACCAGGUGUGUUCAGAGCUGAGAAAAUUUGAGGGAUUGGAAGCAGUUGAAGAAGAGAAAAAUAAGGUUCCUGCUAUUGCCAUUGUGGGAAGACCAAAUGUGGGGAAAAGUAGCAUUCUAAAUGCUUUGGUUGGAGAAGAUAGAACAAUUGUGAGCCCAGUUAGUGGGACAACACGUGAUGCCAUUGACACUGAGUUUACUACAGCAGAUGGGGAGAAGUACAAAAUCAUUGAUACUGCUGGGAUCCGGCGCAGGGCAGCAGUUAUUUCUGCUGGCAGCACAACAGAAUCACUUUCGGUAAAGCGCGCAUUUCGAGCAAUUCGGCGCUCUGAUGUGGUUGCCCUUGUUAUUGAAGCAAUGUCCUGUGUUACAGAGCAGGAUUACAAAAUUGCAGAGAGGAUUGAGAAAGAAGGAAAGGCUUGUGUCAUUGUUGUGAACAAAUGGGAUACAAUCCCAAACAAGAACCAUGAGAGUACAACACAUUAUGAACAAGAUGUAAGAGAAAAGCUUCGCAUACUUGAUUGGGCACCUAUUGUCUACUGUUCUGCGACUAGUGGCGCCAGUGUUGAAAAGAUAAUUUCUGCUGCUGCUUUGGUUGAGAAGGAAAGGUCUAGAAGACUCGGCACCUCCAUUCUUAAUCAAGUUAUUAGAGAAGCUAUAGCAUUCAAACCACCUCCAAGAACAAGAGGUGGCAAAAGAGGUCGUGUCUAUUAUACAACACAGGCUGCCAUUGGUCCACCAACAUUUGUUUUAUUUGUAAAUGAUGCGAAGCUCUUCCCUGAUACAUACCGCCGUUACAUGGAAAAGAAACUCCGGUCAGAUGCUGGAUUUCCAGGCACUCCUAUUCGGUUAUUGUGGCGUAGCAGAAGGCGGCCAGACAAACGAGGGCAUGAAGCCUCCCUAAAUGCUUGCCACAAGUCAGCUCUAACACUGAUUUUAUUGAGGCGGUGGCAAUUGCCUGCUUCAAGAACCUGA